CGCCCCGUUCUCCAAUGCUCGCGAAACUCCCGCUGAUUUCUGCCCUCGCGGUCCUGGCGCAGGCGCAGGCGCAAUCCCAAUGCCCCGACUUUGCGGUGUACUCGCAGACGCCCCAGGGCAAUCCGUCAACGGGACCGCUGCGGCUGCCAUUCAUGCGCCCGAGUCCGGCCUGUCGAACGUUCAACAGCACGGCGGUCGAGGUUAGAUGGCUGUCACUGGCUGUGGAUCACUGAGCGAGCCCGGCGGAUGACAGAAAGUGGUGACGGAUAUGAAAGCACGUAUCAAGGAUCCCGAUUUGGCGCGGCUGUUCGAGAACACGUUUCCCAAUACGCUGGACACGACUGUGAAGUACUUCAAUGCGACUGAAAAUCUGGCGUUUAUCAUUACUGGGGACAUCACGGCGCAGUGGUUGCGAGACACGGCGAAUCAGUUCGCCGCGUACAGCUCCCUCAUCUCUCUUGAUCCAUCUUUGGCUGUGCUGAUGAAGGCUGUCAUCAACAACGAAGCGCGAUACGUCUCGCAGUACCCCUACUGCGGAUCGUUCCAGCCACCACCGGAAUCUGGACUGGCGCCGAGUGUGAAUGGAUAUGCCGUUCUCGUUGAAGUCAAUCCGCCCGUGAACAAUCAAACCGUCUUUGAGUGCAAGUACGAGAUCGACUCUCUCUGCGGAUUCCUCAAGCUCUCACGCUCGUAUUAUACCGAGACCAAGGAUGCUACAUUCAUGGAUGCCCAAUGGUUCGACGCGAUCGACCAGAUCUUGACCGUCGUAGACCACCAGUCUCAAGCCUCUUUUGACGCCGACUUCAACUGGAUCUCCUAUUAUAAUUUCACCGGGCUCGCUGGGUCGUUGUCGCCUGCAGUCCCGAACGGGGGGAACGGCGAGCCCAAAGGGUACACGGGCAUGGUCGGAACGCACCACCGACCUUCCGAUGACUUGAGCACCUACGCGUUCUUGACACCGGCGAACGCAAUGCUCUCGGUUGAGCUUGGGAAUCUGGUCACGAUCCUCACCGAGUCCGGCAAGUCGAAGACUAGCCGGGGGAAGAACGUGACCGCUUUGGCCAAGACGUGGAGCAAACGAGUCCAUGAUGCGAUUUGGAACUCGACUGUCGUGAACAACAUCUUUGCAUACGAGACCAACGGCCUCGGCUCGCGCUAUGUGAUGGACGAUGCCAAUGUACCGUCGCUGCUCUCGCUGCCCUACCUGGGCUUCCUGGACAUGCAUAACCCCACCUACGUCGCAACGCGGAAGCUACUCCUCUCGCGCAUGAACCCGUACUUUGCCGCUGGCAAGAAUUUCAGCGGGAUCGGCGGCCCACACGUCGAUGCGUGGAACCCGUGGCCCAUGUCGCAGAUCACGGCGAUCUUUGGCACGGACGACGACAAGGAGAUCCUCGACCGGCUGUCUCUCAUCGCCAAGAACACGGCAGGACUCGGCCUGAUACACGAGUCGCAGAGCAUCUACAAUUUCACCUCUUACACUCGCCCGUGGUUCGCUUGGGCGAACAGCUAUUUCGGCGAGAUGAUGCUGGACUUGGCAAAGCGCAAGCCAGGAUUGAUCUUCCAUAAUAGCACCGCAUAUACUCCAGGGCAUUGAGCUCGGGCUGAAAAAAAAAAUCUGAGAGUGAUGGGCCUGUAACGGUCAAUCAUGGCUGCAAGAAAGCCGCUUUUACGCUCACUACUCUACUUGCCUUUCAAAGUAGUCAAAU